AUACAUUGUAAUACACUUGUAAACAUUCUUCACGUUCUUCAUAUUCCUCACAACCUCCCCAAUGCACCUCCUCAACCUCACCCUCUCUUCCCCGACAAAUGUCUCCACGGCUGUCGUAGGCAGCUUUUCCGGGUCAAAGAGCCAGGAGAUCCUGUGCGUCAGAGGAGGCACGAAGUUGGAGAUUUUCAAGUUGAACGCCACGACCGGGCAGUUGGAUACUAUUGUCUCUACAGAGGCGUUUGGAACGAUUAGAAAUAUUGCAGGAUUCAGAUUAGCCGGUAUGACAAAAGACUACAUCUUGGCGACAUCGGACUCCGGCAGACUAUCAAUCCUCGAGUUUGUCAUCUCGCCCACACCACAUUUUGAGAGCCUGUAUCAGGAGGUUUUUGGGAAGAGUGGUAGCAGGCGUAUCGUCCCUGGCCAAUUCUUGGCCGUUGACCCCAAAGGUAGAAGUUGUCUUGUUGGAUCCUUGGAAAAGACAAAGCUGGUGUAUGUGUUGAACAGAAAUACCGAGGGAAAGCUCUAUCCAUCUUCUCCUCUUGAGGCCCAUAAGAAUCAUACUCUCGUAACCCACAUAGUCGGCGUUGACCAGGGAUAUGACAACCCUUUGUAUGCUGCGUUAGAAACUGACUACUCUGAAUCGGAUCAAGACUCUACCGGAGAGGCGUAUGAAAACACUCAGAAGCACUUGACGUUCUACGAGUUGGAUCUUGGAUUGAACCACGUUGUGCGAAAAUGGAGUGAACCCACAGACAGACGGGCAAAUCUCCUGGUGCAAGUUCCCGGCGGCCAAAACGCCAACUCUGACAGAUUUGAAGGCCCUUCAGGUGUUCUUGUCUGCACAGAGGACCACAUCAUCUGGAAGCACAUGGAUGUGGAGGCCCACAGAAUACCUAUUCCCAGACGGCGAAACCCUCUUGUGCAAAGAGGUGACAAGAGUCGAGGUUUAAUCAUCGUUUCAGCGGUCAUGCACAAAAUAAAGGGUGCCUUUUUCUUCUUGCUCCAGUCUGAAGAUGGUGACCUGUACAAGGUUUGGAUUGAACACAACGGUGAAGACGUUGUUGCACUCAAGAUCAAGUACUUUGACACUGUCCCUGUGGCAAACAGUCUUUGUAUCUUGAAGAGAGGUUACAUCUACGUGGCCAGCGAGUUCAGUGACCAGAAUUUGUACCAAUUCCAAAGUCUUGCGGAAGAUGAUGGCGAGCAAGAGUGGUCAUCUACCGAUUAUCCAGAGAAUGGUAACAUUGAUGGACCACUUCCCUUUGCCUUCUUUGACCCGCAACCUCUUCGUAAUCUUCUCCUUGUUGAUACUGUUCCUUCUCUGGACCCCAUAACCGAUGCUCAUGUCGUCAACCUUCUCGGUGCCAGUUCUGACACUCCCCAAAUAUACGCAGCUUGUGGACGUGGUGCCAGAAGUACUUUUAGAACGUUGAAGCACGGAUUGGAUGUUGCGGAGAUGGUUAGCUCUCCAUUGCCCGGUGUGCCUACCAAUGUCUGGACAUUGAAAUUGACAGAAGAUGAUGAGUACGAUUCCUAUAUAGUCCUGUCAUUCCCCAACGGUACUUUAGUUCUUUCUAUCGGUGAAACGAUUGAAGAAGUCAACGACACUGGGUUCCUUUCUUCAGGCCCUACUCUUGCUGUUCAGCAACUCGGUAACGCCGGUCUUCUACAAGUUCACCCGUACGGUCUUCGACACAUCCGAGCCGCCGAUCGAGUAGAUGAAUGGCCCGCUCCUCCCGGACAAACCAUUGUUGCUGCUACCACCAACCGGCGGCAGGUCGUCAUUGCGUUGAGUACGGCCGAGUUAGUUUACUUUGAGCUUGACCCUGAAGGAAGCUUGAGCGAGUACCAAGAGAAAAAGGCGUUGCCCGGUAAUGCCACUUGCGUGACUAUUGCUGAGGUGCCUGAGGGGAGGAGAAGGACAUCAUUCUUAGCCGUUGGUUGCGACAAUCAAACAGUGUCCAUCAUCUCUUUGGAACCCGAUAGCACUCUAGAUACUUUGAGUCUUCAGGCCCUCACUGCUCCGCCCACUUCGAUCUGUCUCGCGGAGAUCUUUGACACCAGUAUUGACAAGAACCGUGCUACUAUGUUUUUGAACAUUGGUCUCAUGAACGGCGUUCUCCUUCGUACCGUUGUCGACCCUGUUGACGGAUCUCUCUCUGACACUCGACUUCGAUUUCUCGGUGCCAAGCCGCCCAAACUUGUCCGUGCGAAUGUUCAGGGCCAGCCUAGUGUCAUGGCGUUCUCCAGCAGAACUUGGUUGCUCUACACGUAUCAAGAUAUGCUACAGACCCAGCCACUUAUCUACGAUACUUUGGAAUACGCUUGGUCACUCUCAGCGGCUAUGUGUCCUGAUGGAUUAAUCGGUAUCUCGGGUAAUACCUUGAGAAUUUUCAACAUCCCCAAGCUAGGUGAAAAGCUCAAGCAAGACUCCACCGCCUUGACGUAUACACCUCGCAAGUUCAUUAGCCAUCCCUUUAAUUCUGUCUUUUACAUGAUC